AUGGAAGACUCUUCUAAGUAUAGAAGACAAAUAGGGAGACUGCUAUACUUAUGCAUUACUAGACCCGACAUCACUUUUGUUGUGCAUAAACUAAGUCAGUACGUAUCAAAUCCAUGUGUUGAUCAUUGGGAAGCAAGUGAGAGGAUAUUGAGAUACUUGAAAGCUACACCAGGUCAUGGGCUGUUCUAUUCUAUCAAAGCAACACCAACACUUAGCAUUUUUUCAGAUGCUGAUUGGGCAGCUUGCCCAGAUACUCGACGCUCUAUGACUGGAUACUGCCUUUUUCUUGGAUCUUCACUGGUGUCAUGGAAAUCCAAGAAGCAACAAACCAUAUCUAGAUCCUCUGCCGAAGCUGAGUACCGAGCAAUGGCUCAAGCAACUUGUGAAGUGACUUGGGCUAUUGCACUAUUAAAAGACUUUGGAGUAAAAGUAGAGAAGGCAGUCCCUCUCUUUUGUGAUAAUCAAGUUGCGAUGCACAUUAGUGUGAAUCCGGUUUUUCAUGAACGUACUAAACAUAUAGAGAUAGAUUGUCAUACAGUGAGGGAAAAGUAUUUGGAAGGAAUUAUCAAACCAAUGCACAUCAAGAAUGACUUGCAACUGGCAGAUAUAUUUACAAAGGCUCUUGGUGCUGCUGCUUUUGAGAAGAUCUUGAGCAAGAUAAGUUUCUACAGCUUAUACACUCCAUCUUGA